AUGAGCAGGCAUGGGGGCAUGCAUAUGUCGGGAGCCUCGAGUUCAGGGUCUUAUGACUCCGGGAGGAGAACAGAUGGAACUUCUCCAAGUUCAGGACGACGCCCGUAUCCGCAUGUCAAAGACCUCGUUACAAGAGCUGUCACCGAUGUGAAUAGUUACGCUCCGCUGCCGAAACUUUUACGCACUGCCGAACUAUCUGCCAAGCAGGCAGAUAACCUACUCAAUCUUGAACGAUCGCACCCAGACCUAGCAUUCGCCGAAUACGUCAGAGCGUCUCAUAUAAUAUCCGAAGUAAUUCCUUACCAUAAGGACGCGCCCUCAUUACACAGUGGACAAGUUGGAGGUAGUAGCGAUUGGGCAGCGCUUUGGCGACUAAACAGGGAACUUAUCAAGAAAAUCGACGCCCAGCAUACAGAGUUUGAUGCUGUCAGGAAUAUAAUUAUCGACGAUAACAUCUCCAGUGGCGUUAAGCCGACACUGCCGUCAGUAGCAUCGUCCCCAUCAUCACGAACCGUCAGUCGCCCUUCGUCGCGACCGCAGUCGGUGCACGGUUACUAUCUCAAUGGAGAUGGCGCAGUCUCGAAUUCCGACGGGAGAGCAUCUUCACUAUUACAGCGGCAGUCCAUCGGCGCUGCGGCUGAACUCCGUUCUGGCCGUGUCACUCCGACGACUUUAAGUGGCUCCGCGAUGGCCUCGACGCCUCCGCGAAGGUCGCCAUUCCAACAUGAAGGGCCGGAGAGCCUUCUGCGAAGGAGUCCCGGACAGAAUAUCCCUCCACCCGCCACUUCCCCGGCGAAGUCAUCAACCGAUGGAUUGGCCGAACGUUUUGCUAGGCUCAGGACCGCUAGCUCAGGCGGUGGCCCGUCUUUGAAUGGUCUGCCCCGAAAACUGGUACCGGGCUCUGCAAUAGCUCCAGAGAUUCCAAAUGGUGCACCGACGCCCAUUGUACGAAUGCCUUCACCCAGCCAGUUCAUGACUGCUCCUGCUCCGAAAUAUGCACCCCCAAGCGGUUCAACUACGCCCUCGAACGACCCUGCCCGCCAGAGCAGGCUGUACGGGCCACGAGAUCCACCAGUAUCACAUCUUGUACCUCCGGCUCCCCCUAAAAUCCCAUUGAACACUCAAAUUCCGUCGACGCUGCCAAGGGCGCCCAGUCCAACUUAUAGUCCUGCGCGCAAUUUGCCGGCUCCUUCCAACAUCAAUCCACCCAGAACCACCGCUAGGAGCAUGGUGAGUUCUGGGCGUCGUCCUGAUGCCACGGCUCUCUCUGGGACGACAUCGGACGUUGAUCAAAGAUUCGGCCAUACUCCACCAGGUUCUAUCAGAAAUGGUAGUGUAGGCUUUGAUCCAGGGCGCGUUCCUAAAAGGAAACCAGUCGAAAGAAACUCAUUACCCAUAACAUUAGAGCCCGCAAUCACUGCAGCAGAGCUCAGAGAAUAUCUCAAAUAUUUCAACGUCUUGCUCGUCGAUCUUCGUGAGCGAGACGAAUUUGACGAAGGACACAUUUUCGCCACGUCAGUCAUCUGCAUUGAACCAACGGCGCUGAGAAUGAACAUGUCGGCAGAAGAUCUUGAGCAGAGCCUCAUCCUCUCACCAGAGUCGGAGCUAUCACUCUUUGAAAUAAGAGACUCAUUUGAUUUGGUUGUUUACUAUGAUCAAUCGACCUCCUCUGCGGAUUUUCUAAAGUCUGCAGGGGGGCACAAUUCACAGACGGACUUUCUCAAAGCUUUCUACUCUUCCGUGACCGAUUUCAAUUAUGACAGUCCGCUCAAGCGGCCACCAAAACUCUUGCUUGGCGGAUUGGAAGCGUGGAUUGAUCUCGUGGGGCCGCGUGCGCUCGCGACCUCUGAAACUUCCGCUCCAGGGGCAAAGAACGGCAGGCCGAUUUCACGAGUGCCAAUGGCAGGUGCUUCGUCCAAUCUUUCGCCAAAGAGGAGGCGCAUUAGGGGUUACGAUCCGCGAAAUGUGGAAGAACAACAGUAUUGGCUGGAAAAGGCUCGCAAGGAGAGUUAUAGCUAUGAGCCACCAGAAUUGUCUGUGGGAGAGGAAGGAGAUGGAUCGGAAGGUGGUUUCUCAAUGGUUCACAGCUAUGAAGAGUUUCAUAGACGCUAUCCCGAGGCUUCGGAUCUACAGCAGUCUAUGAGUUCUCCGACUCCGGCUCCAGCUCCAUACCAAUAUCACUCUGCCUCGAUACCGCGACCACCCUCUCGGCCAGCUCCUGCAGUACCACGGACAAGCUACAGCGGUGUAUCGGAGCGAACAUUGUCAUCACAAUCAAGUCGGCCUCCCCAUGCAUCGCCCGGCACGGCGCCGCCGCUCUACAAUUCAACAGGAGGCCCGAAUACUUUUCGAAUCAAGCUUCCAGACUCUGGUCUUAAAAAUUAUGGCAUAACGUGUUAUAUGAAUGCUACCCUUCAAUGUUUAAGCGCGACUAUACCUCUGUCGCAUUGGCUUCUUAUGGACAAGUUCACGUCAGCGUUGCAAGUGAGAAACGCCAAAGGAACAAGAGGCGUCUUGCCACAGUAUCUUGCCAACUUGUUGAAAUGCUUAUGGAGUGGAAAAGGACUGGACAAGUCACUCUAUUCUUUUCGGGAAUUUGCAAUCCACGAAAAUAUCCAAUGGGGUGAAAACCGGCAACAAGACGCAAAAGAAUUUCUUGAUUUUCUAUUGGACUUGCUGCACGAGGAUCUGAAUAUACAUUCUAAUCGGCACAUGCUUCGACCGUUGAGAGACUCUGAAGAAGAGAGGAGAGAAAGACUGUCGAUUGCGGUGGCAUCAAAGUCUGAGUGGAGUCGAUAUGCGCAUCGCAACUGCUCGUACUUGUCAAGCCUAUUUGCCGGGCAACACGCAAGCCGGCUCAGGUGCAAGACAUGCAACCGGACAUCAACGACAUAUGAAGCAUUUUGGUCAAUUAGCGUGGAAAUUCCACGCUCGGGAACGAGCAAUCUACAAGAUUGCCUCCGCAGCUACUUUCAAGAGGAAAACCUUACCGGCGACGCAGCAUGGAAAUGUCCUCACUGCAAAUGCGCACGAGAGGCCACGAAACGAAUUGUGAUCACCCGCGUGCCUCAGCUUCUAGUCGUUCAUUUCAAGCGUUUCGCCACCUCAAUGAAUGGUUCUACCCACAAGGUCCACACGCCCAUAGACUUUCCACUGCACGGGCUCAAUCUCGAACCGUUUGCUAUUCCUCCGGCAACGCCCGAGGAGUGUCAGAAAAUGGUGUCGUUUGGUUUCGACCAACAUCCAGAAGCAGACUAUGCGACAAAUCCGCCUUUUCUCUACGAUGCGUAUGCUGUCCUCAAGCACAUUGGCUCGUCUGCCAAUUCUGGCCACUACAUAGCCGCGGCCAAGGACACUGGCCGAGGCUGCUGGCGAGUGUACAAUGAUACGGAGUACAAGGACAUCGAUCCGAAAAAGGUAAAGGAGUCGGACCGGCUGCAGAAUAAAGAAGCAUAUAUUGUGUUUUAUAUGCGAUCUAGCGCUAGGUAG